CUCUUUCCUUCUCAAUUUCCAUUUUUUCUUUCAUCUCUUUCCUUCCUAAGAUUAAACGCCCAACCCCCACAAAAUAUCUAAAUGGAAACCUCUCCGAGGCUGAGCUCCAAUCACAGUUUCCUUCCAUCUCCCAAAAGCCUCAGCCCCAACAGCAGCACUAGCAGCACAAGCAGCAGCAGCAACAACAACACCGGUCCACCACCGCCAACUCCGCCGUCUCAACACCCCAGACCCAUCACCAGACCUGAACCCGCUAACCCCUAUCCGACAACCUUCGUCCAAGCCGACACUUCAUCUUUCAAGCAAGUCGUCCAGAUGCUCACCGGAUCUUCCGAGGCGGCCAAGCUAGCUUCUUCCACCAAACCAACUCCUUCCCCUCUGUCCGAACCGAACCCGAAAACACAUAUCCCACCCAUCAAAUCCAUUCCAAAAAACAAGCAGAAUUCUGGGUUUAGGCUUUACGAACGAAGGAGCUCUCUCAAGAACCUCAAAAUCAACCCGUUGAACCCGGCUUUCAACUCCAACAAUUCCGGGUUUUCGCCUCGGAAACCCGAAAUAAUCUCUCCUAGCAUUCUUGACUUCCCUUCUUUGGCUCUUAGCCCGGUUACUCCUUUGAUAUCCGACCCGUUUGACCGAUCUGGAGCUGGAAAUUACCCGAAUUGUGCCAAUAAUAAUGCGAAACUAGAUAAGGAAGCUGAAGAGAAGGCAAUUAAAGAGAAGGGUUUUUAUUUGCAUCCAUCACCGGCAUCUACGCCGCGGGAAUCUGAGCUUAGGCUUCUCCCACUUUUUCCAGUUACUUCACCUCGAGUUUCAGGUUCUUCUACUUCUUCUUAAACAAAAAUAAAUCCACCUCUUUUAGUUUUCGCUUCUUUUUUUUUGAUAUUAUUGUAAGAGUUUUACAUAUUGUUGGGGCACUUAAGAUUAGGAAUUGGAAAGGAAGGGGAAAGAAACGAGACAGGAUUUGUAAUGUUGGUUGUCGGAUAUUUUCAAAGGAAUGAAGAUAAAAAUCUUUGCUUCAAUUGUAAAACUGCAUGCUUUGUUUGACUU